AUGGGUUGUACAGCAUCAAGAACAAAAAUGAGGGUGGCAGCAGUUAAAACACAAACUCCUCAAGAGCGUGCUGUGAUGGAAAAAAUUGAGCAGCUUGCAAAUCAGAAUACAGAGCUUGUUUCCCCUCAAGAACUAGAAUUAAUUCGCCAGACGUUUUUUAGUUUGCAAGAGAUUGAUGAAACACGCAGAAAUAAGUGACUCGAGGCAAUACAAGAUGAUAUUCUUUCUCCUCUUUAUUUCUCAGUCCAAGGAGAGCUUAAAUAUUCAAAUGAGCACCCAUUUAUUCCUAUUCACGAAAAAGUUGAAGAAGCAGGGAUAAAAGAUUUCCCUACUUUAGGAAAAACAAAAGAAGAAUUGCGUGAAUAUGCACUGUAUAUUUAUAAUGAUUUUAUAUCUGCAUUUAAUAUUGAUAUUUUGAAAAUUCAGAGACUCAUUUUUGCAAUUUCAGAAAAUUACCAAAACAACCCAUUUCACAAUUUUCACCAUGGAUUUUGUGUGACACAAGUAAAACUUAUUUAGAUGCUUUAUGCAAUUGGUGUAAAAACCAAUAAGUACUCAGACUUUUUAGAAAGCAAAGAUCAUCUUGCUUUGCUUGUCUCUGCCAUCGGCCAUGAUUUAAACCAUCCAGGAGUUACAAAUGCUUUUAUGAUAAAUUCUCGUCAUAGCUUGGCAAUUCGAUAUAAUGACACAUCAGUCUUGGAAAAUUACCAUGCUGCAACUCUUAUUAAUUUUCUUGAACUGUCAGGCUGUGAUAUAUUCUCUGGAUUUUCUCCAGCUGAAAAAGUUUAUAAUAAUAUAGCAUAACUAUUAUUUUAAUUAUAAUUCGCUAUAACUUCCUAUAUUCAUCCAAAAUAAGCUUAUAUGAGAAAACAAAUAAUUCCAGCUAUUUUAGCAACAGACAUGGCAAAGCAUGGCCAAGUCAUGGAAACUUUCAGAAACUCUAUGGAGCAUUACAACAAAGAAAACUCUGACCAUAAGCAAGCAUUUAUGGGAAUGGCGCUUCAUUGUGCAGAUGUAGGAAACCCAACACUGAGGUUUGAUUUUGGAUAAAUAAAAUGGCAUUCGGUUCGAGAGAAAUUAGCUUUGCUAAUUUUCUCUCCCUCAUGGAAUUUUAUUUAUGGGGUUGGGUUUUCUCUCGAGAACUUCUGCACAGCAAUAGCUGUUUAACUUUGGGGAUAACCAAAGGAACAGCUCCUCAGUGCACUCAAGAUUUCGGAGUUUUUACCUCUCAGCACAUCCCCACGGGAGGAUGACCCUCAGGCGGAACACGCGCAGGAGCUGAGUCGAGGCAAGGGCGACUGCAACGCGCCGGGUGAGACGUGCGGCGAAGAAGGGCGAAGUGCAGGUGAAGGCUUGGCCGGUGGGCUAACCAUCGCGAUUCCAAGAUGGCCCGGUGACGUCAUCAAUUUUUCGCUAUAAACUCCAUUUAUGGGGUGCGGCACUAGACACCUUAAAUACCAGACAGUUAAGUUAAGUAAGUUAAGAGGUUUGAUUUUGCCCACUGUAUGGUCACUGAGAGUCAUAAAAGAAUUUAAUCAGCAAGUUUGGCAAGAAGAGCAAAGAGGGAUUCCUGUAUCAGAAUUUUUGAGAAUUGGCAACGACAUAAAAAAAAUUAAGCAAAAUCAGGUGGGAUUUAUCGACAUAUUUAUCCUGCCACUUUGGAUAUACAUAAAAUGGCGUAUGGCGACCGACCCACCCUCUCAGUGGUGGUUACCCAUGUAUAUCCGGGCAUGGUUUUUGGAGCCAGGAGUUGGCCCAGCAACGUUUGGGACCUCGAAGCGAGAGGUCUAAGCACAGAGACCGCUGCUUUUGCGACCCAGACCCAUGGGCAGUUACUCGUGACUUCUUUUUGCCAGCAGCGCUCAGCCCCCAGUGAGUGCCCGAAAUGAGGCAGGGCGACUUACCUGCCUAAGCUGCUUUUGUGGCUCGCCCCGAAUGGCGAAAGCUGCUGAGUUCUUUUUCGGGAUGACCGGAAAAGAGGGGAAGGCGAGUUAGACAUCUAAACGGGAGUCUCUCCAGUUUAAAAGGUGCCCUUCAAUGGGCAGAUCUGGCGGACGACGCGGCAGUGUUGGCGUAAACUUAGGCGACGAUCCAAGUUGGAAAUGGAGGCGGUCAGCAAAGACGAUAGACACGUCCCUUGACCUUCACCUCUACCGAGAAACCGGGGUUUCGGCCGGGCUUGGUGAACGCUCUGCCACCAUACGGGAAACCGUAGAAUGCUUCCUCGGACGAAGCAGGGACUUAAAAUACCCAGCGUAAUCUUAAUCUUAAUCUUAAUCCUGCCACUUUGGAGACUUUUUUACAGUUUUGUGCCACAAGUCGUUGAUUAUGUGGAAGCUAUAGAAAACAAUAGACGCCAGUGGGAAUUAAUAGAAAAACUUGAAUAA